AUGCUGCAAGCAAACUUUAUAUACGUGUCAUGCCUCUGUAAGUCAUAUUACAUGGCAAAAUCCCCGGACCAUUGGGCGGACAUUGCUUGGAGCCUUGCGCUGCCGUAUGACGAGACCCUGGACUAUCACCCUCAGUUCCAGGACUAUAAGCGCGGGGAACACAUUAAACAAGCGGACGCUGUUCUUCUUGGCUUCCCUUUACAAUAUCCUAUGAACAUUUCAACAAGAGCGAACGACCUUUCCUACUAUGAAUUAGUCACCCGAAGUUCGGGGCCCGCUAUGACAUGGAGCAUGCAUGCUAUUGGACACUUGCAAUUAGAAGAUGAUGCUAAAGCCGGGGAGCUCUUUAAUAGGAGCUAUGAGGGAUAUGUUAGAGAGCCUUUUAAAAUAUGGAGUGAACUCCGACGGCCAAGUGUGGGAGCAGUGAACUUCCUCACAGGUAUGGGGGGUUUCCUCCAGACCCUCAUGUUUGGGUACGCGGGGAUCAGAAUACACCUCGACAGGCUGGAAAUAGCUCGUCCAAUACUGCCUCCUCAAACCACUAGACUUAGGAUCAAAGGAAUAAAGUAUCUAGGUUCGAAUCUGACGCUUGACAUUGGCUCGGCGGAGACGACUCUCACCGUCUCUUCGAUUGACGAUAGCUUGCCGCUCAUUCUCUUCAAUGGGAAAUACAAUGUCACUUUAGUUCCUGGGAUGACAGUAUCUCUAAAUGGCAAAGGACCCUUCGUGAUACGAACGUCUUCAUGGAAACAAUGCAAGUUGCCGGCCGAUACAAUCGGACAGAGCUAUUUACGACCAAUCGAAGAU